AUGGUGUGUGUGUGCAGGUUGAUCCUGCUAACAGCUGUAGUUCUGCUCCUGGGCGUGGAGCUGUCACGCGCUCAGCACUGGUCCCAUGGAUGGUACCCAGGAGGAAAGAGGGAUGUGGACACCUUCAACUCGGCCCAGAUCUCUGAGGAGAUUAAACUGUGCGAGGCGGGAGAGUGCAGCUACCUGAGGUCACAGAGAAGAAACAUCCUCAAGAGCAUCCUGUUGGACGCCCUGGCGAGAGAUUUCAAGAGGAGGAAGUGA